AGUAGAGUUGGAAGCAGCUUUUGAAGUGUACGCAUAUUUCGGAUCGUUCCGUGUUUCGGUUCCUGGCAUCGGUGAUGUUUUUCCAUUCCGUCGAUGUCACCGUGUAAUCAUCGUCUCAGCCGUGGUCACCGUCGCAAUCUUUGAAUGGGGCGCAACCUUUGCAGUGUAUAAUACGUUCUGUUUGCCAGUGCUAAUCGUUCAAAACGGGAAAACGUCGCAGAAAAGUGUGUCAAUCGUGCAAUUUGCGUUCGAUUUCGCUCUAUUUGUGUGCUAUUGUUCGUCGGAAGUGCUACAGUGUGCUGCUGACGGAGGAACUACGACGGGAUGUUCUAUUAGGUGUGCUGAAAAUCUUUGGUGAAGCCUUUCGUGCUACAGAAGAGGUGCCGUUGUUUUGCGGAAGAGUGCAUAGCAUCGCACAGGUGAAGCGAGUGAGCGAGAUAGAUCGACAGCAAGCAAAAGGAAGAUUUACCCCCACAGCAGCCGUAGCGUGAGGAAAGUGUUGUGGGUUAGAGCAAAGGGACAAUAUUUUGUCAAUGUUUUUCUUUGCUGCUGUUGCUAUCAACAUGGUUCAUGUUGAUAGGGUUCCUUUAAUUGCAACAUAUUGGUGAGGUCAACCCUUAAAAAGCCUACGACCGAACCAGUGCUUGGAUCCUUCAAGAAGUAAUGAUUAAUGGCAUUCGUUCGUCACAGUACUUCAAUACUCUUUUAUGCAGUUCGAUAUGCAAAUUGAGUCAAGCAACAAAAUAAUCUGAAAAUUCAAUAGGCAAACUAAACAGUUGGUUUGCGAUGGCUAAGCGCAAAAGUGAGAAGAAAAUCUGUCUGUGAUUUGUUGUCAAAUGUUCGAAUAAAUCAAGUCAUCAGUGCGCGGAAGAUUUGUGUCAUUGGAUUUUGUUUAGGUGCGCGCUGCUCAAAUCAGUUCCGUGCGUUUGUGUGUUUGUGUCAGUCGGUGCAUUUGUGUGUUGAUUGGCGGUGGUGGAGUGAAGCCCGACGAAGCUGCCGAGUAAAACGGAAUCGAAACAAAACAACAACAACGAAUAAAACGAGUGUCGCGAGUGGUGCUGCAACAGCCGUUCGCUGUCUGCUGGAUCGAGGAAGCGAUGGCCAACAACAACAGCUCCCGGUCGCAUCUGCAGUCUCUGUUCAACAACUCGCUGGCCAUCCGCCAGGAGAUACAGAGAUUCGAAAGUGUCCACCCGUCGAUCUACGCCAUUUACCAUCUGAUCGACCUGUUGGACGACAGUCAGGUGGCGUCACAGAUCCGCGAUCAUGUCGUCUGCAUUGAAGAUUCCUUCGUCAACAGCCAGGAGUGGACGAUCUCACGGUCCGUGCCGGACAUUCGACUCGGUAUCGUCGGCAGCCUCAGUUCCGGCAAGUCGGCGCUGGUUCACCGAUAUUUGACCGGGUCCUACAUGCAGGAGGAAUCCCCCGAAGGUGGCCGCUUCAAGAAGGAGAUUCAGGUCGACAACCAAAGCUACCUGCUGCUGAUACGGGACGAGGGUGGCCCGCCAGAGAUGCAGUUUGCCGCCUGGGUCGACGCGGUCAUCUUCGUGUUCAGCCUGGAAAACGAAUCGAGCUUCAACGCCGUGUAUACUUACUACACCAAAAUGUCCCACUACCGGAACAGUGCCGAGAUCCCAAUCAUCCUGGUAGGAACGCAAGAUGCCAUCAGCGAACGAUCACCACGUGUCAUCGAUGAUGCCCGGGCGCGAAAGCUGGCCCUAGAUCUGAAACGGUGCUCGUACUAUGAAACCUGUGCCACCUACGGUUUGAACGUGGAACGAGUCUUUCAGGAUGCCUGCCAGAAGAUCGUCCAGCAACGUUUAUCGACCGGUUCGAACAUCACACCGACUAAUUCACGACCGACGACGCCACAAGGCACCCGGCUUGGAGUGGCCAGUUUUCAUGCAUCCGUUCCUAGCCCAACCAAUGGGUUUUCGUCUUCCACCGGAAGCCCGGCUAGCGGUCUGACAUUAAGCAGUUCCUCGCCAAGCCAUCACAACAACCAACAGCAGCAACAGAACCAGCAGGGCAAUAUGACGCUACCCCAUCGGCACCAUGUUCUGUCCGCAUCGAGCCACCACAUUCCGAUUAAGCUGAGCUCGGAAAUGCUUGCCAGCGAGACCGGUCAUCUAAUUUCCCAGCGAGAAUCACACCCACCGCAGAAAUGGGGUACGAUUUCCCACGGAACUUCGCAGCAAACUCUGUUGGCCUUGACCAACGAGAACAACAACAUCGCUAAAUUUGUGCCACCUACCCAUCCCGUAUCCUGUGACGGGUUACAACCGUUGGGAUUGAUCCCCGGUAAAGAUUCGGGAGGAGGAACCAAUGGCAGCGGAAAAGACAAAGAACUUCCGACACCAACCUCAACGCCAACCACAUCCCGCAAGAGCCGGCGAAGAUCGAAUCUGUUCAUUCCUUCCUCGUCGAAGAAGGAACAACAGGAUAAAAUAAAAAAUGGUGAACUUGGAAGUGGCCGUGCGAUUCCCAUCAAGCAAGGUUAUUUGUAUAAACGAAGCAGCAAAUCGCUGAACAAGGAAUGGAAAAAGAAAUACGUGACACUUUGUGACGACGGCCGGCUGACGUAUCAUCCGUCGCUGCACGAUUACAUGGACGACGUUCAUGGCAAGGAAGUAUCCCUGCAGUAUGUUACCGUGAAGGUUCCAGGUCAAAAACCUCGUGGCUCCAAAUCGAUCAUUACCAACAGUGCACUGACGGGAGCUAAUCUUCCGCCACCGAUGGCAAUGAAUGGAAAAUCCAACGGUUCCCAAACCGGCAGCAACAACAGCAAUGGACUGACGGAAGGCAUCGGUGGUCUGUCACUGGCAAAAGAUCGAAAGCUGACGGAAAAGGUGCUUCUAACUGCGUUUGAUACUCUACGGGAACCGGUCAAGUCUAAUCCGCAAACGAGUGGCGACGAAGGAAUCGUUAUCAGCAACAGCAAUUCGCAAAGUUUCAUCGGUUCGGAUGGCAACACCAGCAAGUUGGAUGCUCAAACACCGAACGUGAAGAAACGGCACCGGCGGAUGAAGAGCAGUGGUGUGGGGAAGAACAACGAGUAUGAAGAUUCCGAUGGGUUCGAGUUCUACAUUGUUUCGCUCGACAACAAACAGUGGCACUUUGAGGCUUCCAACUCGGAAGAACGGGACGAGUGGGUGUCCGUGAUCGAACAGGAGAUCUUCAAAUCAUUGCAGGGUAUCGAAUCCUCCAAAUCGAAACCACUGAAUCCGAGUGAUAUCGCCUCGAUGCAAUCGAUCCGUAGUCGGGUUCCGGGCAAUGGGUACUGCGUGGACUGCGAUUCACCGAAUCCUGAAUGGGCCAGUUUGAAUCUGGGAGUUCUGAUGUGCAUCGAGUGCUCCGGAGUGCAUCGAAAUCUUGGCUCACAUAUCAGCAAAGUUCGGUCACUCGGAUUGGAUGAAUGGCCACCUGGUCACCUCAGCGUGAUGCUCGCCAUCGGUAACAGUCUAGCGAACUCGGUCUGGGAAUCGAAUACCCGCGGACGCGUCAAGCCUACCCCCGCCAGUUCUCGAGAGGAGAAGGAAGCUUGGAUUCGCAAUAAGUAUGAGGCUAAAGAAUUCCUACCCGCCUUCAACCCAUCGCCUCCGAUCGGGCAGCAACUGCGAGAAGCAGUGGUUCGAUCGGACAUGAAAGCCAUCAUCAUCCUGCUGGCGAAUGCCUCCCAGGAGCACAUCAACUCUACCGUUAGCAGUCGAGAUUUACGAACACCGCUGCACCUAGCGUGUGCCAUUGGAAAUUUGGCAAUCUCGCAACUGUUGAUCUGGCACCACGCCAACCUGAAGCACAUCGACCACGAGGGCCGAUCCUGUUUGACGUAUGCCAAAGCGGCCAACUCACUGGCCGCGGCACGCCAAGCUAGCAAUACGCCGCACCACGUCAACGUGGAAACGACGGUCGCCCUGGUGGAACUGUUGACCAGCCUCGGUUGCACGGAUCCUGCUCCGUUCACGGCCAGUGGCACGUUACCGCGCCGAAGGGAAACCAUCGACCAAGGAACAUUCGAAAAGUUCUCCUCGAACAUAAUCUAAGGGACGAAACAAAUGAUCUGCAAGUGAAACACAACAAAUCUAGACUUAAAUUAUAUACGUUCAAAAAACAUUGUGAUCCCUCUAUUUAAACUGACAUUCAUCAGAAGCAGAACGAGCGAAACUAGUAGCAAACACACACACAUACAGAGAUAGGAAAGCGCUAGAAAUUGGUUUUAUUUAUCCUUUGUCGAAGGCAAAAACAUUUAUCGAGUAGCGAGUAGAAGAGAGAACUAAUAGUUAACUAUUAUUUAAGUUGCAAUGGCUGAAACCUAGCGAUACAUACAAGCACCACCCGUUUGUAAGAUACCUGAUUCACGAAAAAUUCAAAAAUUUGUUUUUUUAUGUAUAGGUCUUUGUAUUCUAUGGUACUAAUUUUAUGCUUUGAUCCCUUGUAUAAAAAAAAUCCCUCACUAACCGGAAAACGGUUUGUCUGUAGAUUCGAUUAUUCCCUACUUAGAUUGAGAGCCAAUGUUCGUUUUUAAACCAUUAUUAUAGGAAAAAAUGCACCGUUUACUUAAACAAACAAACAAACAAAAGAAACUAUCACCAUGCAGUACACUGUUGAUUUAUUCACUAUCUCCAUUCUUUAUUUUGAUUGAUUUUAGGUUCAAUUUACUGUUACUUUAGAUUGUAUCACAGUUUUAACCCCAACAAACAAACAAUAAAAUUCCUAUAUUACACUAUGCUCGUUCCAUUACUUAAUACGAUAUAAAUAAAACAGAAGCUCAUUUCACUAUGUACUCCCCCCAAAGAAUGCCAAAUUGUAGCGUGCUGACUAAAAAAAAUGUAUCAAAAACUUUAAAAAAACGUGCUUAGAAUCCAGCAAACUUCGUUCACUCACUGACCCUUAAUAAUGCCGAAAAUGUAACAAUUUUUGCAGACCUAAUACAGCGAUUGAUAUCCUCAGAUAAAAGCACUAAAAUCUGUUUAGAAAAUAAAUCAACCAACGUGGAUAACAACCAGUAGCAUAAAAGAAAACGGCGAAACGCGACGAUUCGGCAUUGAAAUGCAUUAAACCAAAAGCAACCUAAAUCGAUAUGAUAGAACACACAGUAGAAUUCUUUGGAAUAGUAAAACUAAAAAAACCGACCGGUAGCGUAAAUCUCAGUUAAUGUAGUUAUACAACGCCUGUCAAUAGAACCUUAGCUAAAUGAUGAUGUUUAGAGACCAGCAGUCGAAUUGAAUCCUCGGAUCCUACCGAACAACCGCUAUUGUACUAUUGUGUAACCACGUCACGGCACAGUCAGUCCCGUCAGUAGUAGCAUUGUGGUAGGAUAGUAAAGAGCAACAGUUACAGACUAUAAGAUAGUACGAAGAAAUGAACAUGUGGGAGAGAAAAUGGCUGGCGCUGGCAGGAAAUAAACGAAAAUUGUGCGGAAUGUGA